GCGGGCUCCCGGACGCGGUCUCCUCGCUCGCCGCUCGCCACCCUGUCUAAGCCAAUGGACAUCUGCCGAGCCUCUGGAGAAUUCUGGAUACUAGCUUUGGACGCCUAAAGUUUUUUUCUUCUUUUUGUUUUAUUAUUAUUAUUAUUAUUUCUGGAGGGGGGACCGGGAGGGGAGAUUUGUCGCCGCCACCAACGUGAGAUUUUUUUUCCCCUUGAAGGAUUCAUGCUGAUGUCUGCAGAGUCGCUUAGAGUAAAAACAGCGCAUGCCUUCCUGGAGUCAGGAUCCGUAAAUUCUGACGUAGCCCGUGCAUCUUAAAAAUCCCUAUAAUAACGCCUAGGCAUUUAAGUUGCUAUGGUCAUUCUGAUCGCAAACCAAAUGGAGGAACUACGGAUUUUUUUCCUUGUUACGGUCGGAUGGGAUGAAGACCUUCCUGCCUGUUAAGAGCUGGGGAUCUAUCUAUAGAGAUACAUAGAUAUGUUUAUCAAUAUGUCAGUGUGUGAGUAUAAAGUGGUGGUUUCUUAGACUAUCAGUGGUUUGACCUUGAACCUGUGCCAGUGAAACAGCAGAUUACUUUUAUUUAUGCAUUUAAUGGAUUGAAGAAAAGAACCUUUUUUUUUCUCUCUCUGCAACUGCAGUAAGGAAGGGGAGUUGGAUAUACCUCGCCCAAUAUCUCCUGGGUUGACACCAUCAUUAUUGUUUAUUCCUGUGCUCCGAAAGCCGAGUCUUCUGAUGGCUCCCUUAGGUGAAGUUGGGAACUAUUUCGGUGUGCAGGAUGCGGUACCAUUUGGGAAUGUGCCCGUGUUGCCGGUGGACAGCCCGGUUUUGUUAAGUGACCACCUGGGUCAGUCCGAAGCAGGGGGGCUUCCCAGGGGACCCGCAGUCACGGACUUGGAUCAUUUAAAGGGGAUCCUCAGGCGGAGGCAGCUCUACUGCAGGACUGGAUUUCACUUAGAGAUCUUCCCCAAUGGUACUAUCCAGGGAACCAGGAAAGACCACAGCCGAUUCGGCAUUCUGGAAUUUAUCAGUAUAGCAGUGGGCCUGGUCAGCAUUCGAGGCGUGGACAGUGGACUCUACCUCGGGAUGAAUGAGAAGGGGGAGCUGUAUGGAUCAGAAAAACUAACCCAAGAGUGUGUAUUCAGAGAACAAUUUGAAGAAAACUGGUAUAAUACGUACUCUUCGAACCUGUAUAAACACGUGGACACUGGAAGGCGAUACUAUGUUGCGUUAAACAAAGACGGGACCCCAAGAGAAGGAACGAGGACUAAACGGCACCAGAAAUUCACACAUUUUUUACCUAGACCAGUGGACCCCGACAAAGUACCCGAACUAUAUAAGGAUAUUCUAAGCCAAAGUUGACAAAGACAAUUUCUUCACUUGAGCCCUUAAAAAAGUAACCACUAUAAAGGUUUCACGUGGUGGGUUCUUCUUGAUUAGCUGUGGCGUCACAUCAGCUCCACUGUUGCCAAACUUUGUCGCAUGCAUGAUGUACGAUGGAGGCUUGGAUGGGAACAUGCUGAUUUUGUUCUGCACUUAAAGGCUUGUCCUCCUGGAGGACUGCCUAUGCCCACUUGCUUGAUUUAUUGUGAGGCGAGGAGAGGGAGACUGAGCGUGGGGGUGUGAGUGUGUGAGUGGAUGGGUAGCAGGGGAAACUGAAGAGAGAAGCAAAAGCCUAGAGGACGACAGCCUGAUGCAUGCUGGGAGACAGACACGCUUUUCCAUCUUUGAUCAGUUGUACUUCAUCCCAUAUCAGCACAGCUGCCAUACUUCGACUCAUCAGGAUUUUGGCUGGUGGCCUGCACAAGGGUAUGCUGCAUUUUCAAAGGCAUAGAGGGUGCAGUCUUACUUAAAAGACUUUUUCAGUUAAUUUUCACUGGUGUCAUCCCAGUGAAUUUCAAGCAAAGACCUCUUAGUAAAAAAAAAAAAUUAAAUUUAUUUAUAGAAAUUCCAAAGGCAACAUUUUAUUUAUUUUAUAUAUUUAUUUAUUAUAUAGAGUUUAUUUUUAAUGAAAUAUGUACAGGCCAGAGAGGCAUUUUGGAAGCUUUAGGCUCUGUAAGCAUUAAUGGCAAAGUCCGCUGCGAACCUGUGGUAAAUUCAUGCAAGUACAUAUAAUGGUGCAUGGAUAUGAGAAACUCUGAUGACCCUAAUGUACUAAAGGCGACAAUCUCUUUUGUGCCCGUAUUAUUGUAAACUUAUGCUCAUCAUUCACGACACUGAGUAUUCACUCUUCAGACUGCUUGUUUCAUAGCUUAUCCCAGAGGAUUAAAGAUAAACUGGGUCUCAAACUUUUAUUCUGUGUCUGUAAUAUUUCCUCUCUCAUAAAUGACUUCUUCCAUCAUUGUAAUUUCAUGGUUGGAAAAGAAAGAGUUGGUGUAUAUCCUAUUUGUUUAAAUCUAUCGCAGACUAUACCAAAGCUGAACAAUAACUGUGCUUUUAUUUUAGUUGGUCUCCAGAGCAACAGGACUAACAGCAAACGUACUGAUUUAGAAUUCUCAAAAAGGACAAAAAAAAAAAAAAAAAAAGCUUAUAAAGCGCAGAUUUUUUUUUUUAAGGGACAAGAAUCAGAUUAACAGGAUCAUUCUUGUAAACUUUUUAUUUGUGCACUUGGCUAUCAAAUAUAAAAUUAUAGAAGUACGAUAGUUACAUCUUUCAUAGAAAAUUCUUUUGGUGUGAACUGUUACAUUACAUGAUAAUAGCACCCUUCAAGAAAAAUUGCAAAAUGAAACUAAUAAAUCUUCGUUACUAAUGACAAUGAGGGGGAAAGUAUUAUACUUGUUGACUGUGUUUUAUUUUUUGAAAUGGUCUUCACAAGCAUUCAGUUUUUUUAGAGGGGAAGUUACUAUAUAGAAUAUCUUUUGCAAGGCUUUUAUAACAUUUUAUGCUGAAAAGCAUAAGAAUACAUAUUUCUUUAGUAGCAAUAAUUUUGGAACUUGCCCUUGGACAAGGGAGACUGUUUCUUACUGUAUUCUAAGGAGAAAAGAGCCAAAUUCUUAAAGCAAUAUUUAAGAAAAAGGAAUUUAUAAUAAAUUCUCACACCACAUAGAACACUUUCUAACCAGUUAUGUUGGGAAAUUGAAAGUGACAGAAAAUGUGUUGAGAUUUAUGCAACUAAUGUUAAAAUUUAAUAUUCCAACUUUGUGUUGCUCUGAUGCACAUUCUCUAUGAAAAAUAAGGUCUGUCACUGGUGACUGAGAGCUGUUCUGAAGCAGAAGCGCAUGACGUAAUGCCUCGAGCACAGGGGGCCGGUCUGUGGUCCGUGGCGGAGUGCGUAGCAGAGCCCUCCUGCUGAUGUGCAUUAG